AGAGAGAAAAAGCAAAGCACUCACCAGAGACCAAAGUUUUGGUUUAUGAAUUCUGGGUCUCGUUUGUACCACCGAAGUGUUUGACGAAAUCCCACCCUCUCUUCGGCAUUUCAUCGAACAGAAGCUGCGUGGAAGCACGCUUCUCCAAUGGCGGCACCAUUCAAACCCGCGUCUCUUCUUCUUCUUCUUCUUCUUCUCCUCCUCUGACCCAUCUCUCUUCUCCAUCUCCAUAUCUCUCCCACUUCCAUUCCUCAAAUCCAUCCAUCUCCACCCACAAAGUUGCGUCCUUUUUCGGAUUCCUAAUCGAAAACCAUGAAUGAUCUCUUUUCAUCCUCAUGGCGUAGGGACGCCGACGCCGGAGACGUGCAGAUGGGGCGCGCUGGGAGUAUAGGCAGCGGAGCAGCGGGGGCUAACCUUGAUAAGUUCUUUGAGGAUGUGGAGGCGAUCAAGGAUGAGUUGAAGGAGGUGGAGAGAAUCCAUCGGAGCUUGCAAGAAGCGAACGAGACGCUGAAGACGAUCCACAACGCGGCGGCGGUGCGGGAUCUUAGGGCACGGAUGGAUGCCGAUGUAGGUCUCGCGUUGAAGAAAGCGAAGCUUAUCAAGCUGAAAUUGGAGUCGUUGGAUCGAGCGAACGCGGCGAAUCGAUCGGUGCCGGGGUGUGGGCCGGGGACGUCGACGGAUCGGACGCGGACGUCGGUGGUGGCGGGGUUGAGGAAGAAGCUCAAAGAUUCAAUGGAUGGGUUCUCGGAUCUGAGGACGAAAGUGGCGGCGGAGUACCGGGAAACGGUGGAGAGGAGGUACUACACGGUGACGGGGAGAACGGAUGAGGCGACGGUGGAGGCGUUGGUGGAGACGGGAGAAGGGGAGAGGUUCUUGGCAAGGGCGAUCGCGGAGCAAGGAAGAGGGAGGGUGAUUGAUGUGGUGAUGGAGAUCCAAGAAAGGCAUGGGGCGGCGGCGCAGCUGGAGAGGAGCUUGCUGGAGUUGCAGCAAGUGUUCAUGGACAUGGCGGUGCUGGUGAACGCGCAAGGGGAGCAGUUGGAUGAUAUAGAGAGCCAGGUAGGAAGAGCAUCGUCGUUCGUGCGUGGAGGAACGCAGCAGCUCCAGACGGCGAGGAAACACCAGUUGAAUACUAGGAAGUGGACUUGCAUCGCCAUUCUUUUGCUUAUCAUCAUCAUCCUCGUCAUCGUCCUUCCCAUCGUUCUCAAGAAUUAGCCGCCGGCGUGGCCGCCAUUGUUGAUGGUUUUGAAGCUCUGUGUUUGAUCUUCUUAUGUUUUUCCCUUUUUUUAUG